AUGAAGAUCUCUGUGAGUUUUAUGCUGUUGCUGCUGCUCGGUGCCGUCCCCCCAAGUGAAAGUGUUGAGUGCCAGCGUGCUUUUCCCGAAGACAUCUACGCUGUGCUGAGAGAAACAACUGCAUCGUUGGUUCAACUGAAGGCGGACAUGACGUUGCAGGCUACCGGUCAAGCAGCACAGCUAAAGACUGAAGUGGACAAGCUGAAGCAACAACUGAAAGAACAAUCAGAACAGCAGAAGACUGAAGUGGACAAGCUGAAGCAACAAACGCAAGUCCAACAGGUUGCUUUCUCAGCCUCUCUGGUGGUUGCAGGUGAAUCACGUAUUGGACCCGUUAUAUCAGACACUACCCUGAUCUACAAAUACGUCCCCACCAACAUCGGAAAUGCCUACAACUCAAACACAGGUCUGUUCACUGCCCCGGUGAGAGGAGCGUACCACUUUGAGUGGCAUUUUGCUGGAGACAACAGCGGCGGUUCAGCGGGUUGGUUGGUCAAGAACUCACAGAAUGUUUUCGCCGUAUACGAGCGACAGGCGAGCGGUUUUAUGAGUGCUUCUAAUGGUGUCACACUGCUGCUGGAGGUGGGAGACAUUGUGUUUGUGCGUCUGGCGGCUACCAGUUUCGUGUUUGACAACCUUAAUCACCACACCACCUUCAGUGGCCAUCUGCUGUUCCCCAUCUAAGACAGAAACAGCAGCUCUGUGAUA